AUGGGAGCUACAUUAAAAGGUGCACAGGCUUAUAAUACACCAUUAAUUCUUUUUGGUAUAUUGUGUGGUGGCAGUGAAGCAUGUGAAGCAGUAGAAGCAUUAGACAGUAUUACUGUACAGAAAUCUUCCAUCAAUGCUUCAGCCAAUAUGGAAUCUUUAUGUUGCGAAUUGGAAAAACAACCAAAUCUAAUACAACUAUGGGAUGAAUUUUCGGUGUUUCUUGGACUUUUUGGUAGCACAAGAAUUGAUAGAACAGCAUAUGAUCGUGGAUUGAUGUGCGAACUUUAUAGUCCAACUGGUAUUGUACGUCGACAAUUAGUUACUCGUCAAAAUUUAAUGAUAAAACCACGUCUUAAUAUUGUUGCUGCUGGCCAUCCAAAAAAAGUCAUUGAAUGUUUAACAGGAAUGGGUCUCAAGGACCAGGAUCAAAAUGAUGAUGGUCUUUUUAAUAGAUUUUUGAUUGCAGUAGCAUAUAAAAAUCGUCCUAAUCGUGAUAUAGUUGAACCAAACAAUAAAAUUCCCAAAUUAACGCAUCUAUUUUACAUAACUAAAAAAUUGCAUCGUAACAUUGAAGAAUAUAGUUAUAAUGAAGAAGCAAAAAAAUUUAUGAAAGAAAUAAUUUAUAAUUAUGAUGUUGUUUCGUCCGAUAAAUCAAACGAUGACGAUUUCAUCGCAAGUCUCUAUCAAAAGUCCAUUGAACGUGUAGAGCGAUUAUCGUUGGCUUUACAUGUUUUUAAAAAUAGUGCUCGUCGUCUAUUUAGCAUGAUUGAUAGUAUUCAAUCAUUUGCUAUUUUCGAUGAUCGAUUUAAAACAAUUUGUACAGAUCAACAAUUAAGUGAAGCUGAACAUUUAAUCGAUUAUGAUACAACAUUUAGAGCAUCGUUACUAACAAAGUUUUAUCUUAAUCAGACAAAAAUACUUGCUGGUUAUGAUCCUAUAACAGAUAAUGUUAUAGGAAAUAACAAAUAUACAAUUGACAUACCUUCAGAAGAAGUCAACCACAUAAAAAAAUAUAUUGAAAAUCAUCCAUGUGAUCGUCUUCUCUUAUCAUCAUUACCUGCAAAUCUGAAAAGAAAAAUUAGUAAAGAUCAAUAUUUAAGUAUAUUACGAGAAAUGGAAGAAGAAGGUAAAGGAAAAAUUGAAGAAACAAAUAAUGUUAAAGGUCCUAAAGGAAUUACCUUUACGAAAAAGAAAAAAAUUGAACAAGAAAUAACUGUAUUAUCAUCAUUAACGGAACGACAAACAACUGAAGCUUCAUCUAUAAAUCAUGAACUAGGAAAUGAACCUUCAACAACAAAUCAUUUUUCUAAUUGA